AUGGUUUACUUACAUUUUCCUUCUAAUUUAACAGAGGAAGAAUUAAUGCUACAGGCAAAAUAUCAAAAAUUAAAGAAAAAAAAGAAAGCACUUCAAGCUUUAAAAGCUCCUAAGCAAGAGCCUGAAAAGCCAAUUUUACCAAAACGACCAACUGAAGCAAGGGAUGCUCGUGAAAUAGCACGAAAACUUAUUAAAAGUGGAGCAAUUCAAGCUAUAAAAAGCCCACCUCCUCAGCCGCAAAAUGCAACAUUCAAACGUCCUAGGGCAGGGAGAGAACGUAAACUUAGUGGUUCAACUGGCUCUACUGGUGGUGUUGCAUCUUAUCAGCCCUUUAGUGCCUCACAAGAACCACCACCUCCUGAAGAAAAAUCUGCACCCCGAGUUAAAUACUUAUAUGACUCUUUUGUAACAGCUAGAGAAAAAGAAGAGAAAGGUGCUCGUAGCCACCCUGGAGAGGCAGCAAAUGCAGGUGGAAAGACCACAUUUUUACAAAUUGUUGGUGCUAAAAUUACUGAAGAUGUUAUAAGACGCCGUUUAGCUUCAUUUGAACCAUUUACAUAUACACAAGAAGCAGAUGAUGACAAGGUAUUUCUUUCCUUUGAUACUGUGGAAAUGGCAACAAAUGCUCACACUGCUCUCGAUGGAUGUGAGGAAGGAUGGCGCAUGACUUUUGUUAGAAAACCACCACAGCCUGCAGGAUCUUGGACUCCUGCAUCAACACCAAGAACUGCUUUACCUCCUAAAGAUCCUAAGCGUACUCUGUUAACCUAUGAUGAUAUAUUUGAU